AUGAAUAGAAAUGAACAUGAAUACAAUAUAUCUAUCUUUGAGCUUAGAGGAGAAACUGGUCAAAGAGAUGAAAUAAAUAUGAAUGAAAGCAAUAUGAAUAUGAUGCAAAUGAUGAUGAAAUACAUGAAAAGACAGAAUAGACAGAUAGAAAGACUCAUACAAAGACUAGAAGAAAACUCAGAUUUCUUGUCAAAUACUACUAAGAAUCUCAUUAAGAAUAAAGUUGAAUUUUGCAAAGAUGCAAAGAUCAAGUUGAAAGAAAAGCAUGCAAUCAUUCUCACUGAAGCUGAGGGUACCUAUCAUGAUCUAUUCAUACUAGGACUGAGAGACUGGCAACAGGAAUUUGUUAGAAUAAAGCUGGAUGAUUUCUAUGCCAUCAAGCAGGGCCCUAUUCAGAAUCUGAACCUUGAUGAAUUGAUGGAUCAGUUGGCUACUCAUGCCACUACCACUACAACUCAUCCCAACCCAUCUGCCGCGAAUGCUGCCACUGAAUGA